AUCAAAUCAACUUUCUGCUCUUCUUCGCUCAAUUUGUCAGCUGGAGAACAUGUGCAUCACUUGAAGAUCAAAAUUACAUUUAAGCUAAGGUAUACUAACAACACUUGCAUUUCUAAUCAAGGGUUGAUUUAUUUGUUGGUCUGUUCAACAUAACGUGUCAAACCAAGAGGCGCAAAAACCAAUUCACUAUAGUGACUCUGGCCUCAACUCAAAUUAGCACUCUACAUCAAUCUCACCACACACAUACAGACUCGACGGACCAUGGUCCGCACGCAGCAGCCGCAGCAGCAGGACGCCACUGCAGUCUCCGCCUUGUCCGCGUCCAUAUCCGAUGGAAAGAAGCACCUCCUGCUGUCUGCGUCGGGUUCCGUCGCCACCAUAAAGCUGCCCAAUAUCCUAAGGGCUCUCGGGGAGGCUCACGACCCGUCGCGGCUGUCAAUCCGCGUAGUUCUUACGCAUUCGGCCGAGCACUUCCUGGCCGGUCAGGCGGAGGAACAGCCAACCCUGGAAGCCAUCAGGGCCAUUCCGUGUGUCGACGCCGUGUAUGGAGACGCCGAUGAGUGGGGCCCGCGGCCGUGGAAGAGGGGGGAGGGGAUUCUACACAUAGAACUAAGAAAGUGGGCCGACAUGUUGGUCAUCGCCCCGCUGAGCGCAAACACCCUGGCCAAGAUCACAAACGGCAUCUGCAACAACUUACUGACGAGCGUCGUGCGCGCCUGGGACACGGACGGCGUCGUCGAAGGGCGCGGGAAGCGCAUCAUCGUCUGCCCUGCCAUGAACACGGCCAUGUGGCGACAUCCCAUCACGGCCAAGCAGAUCCGCACGCUGGAGAAGGAUUGGGGAGCCGGGAGUACGCAAGGUGAGGGCGAUGGCGGCUGGUUCGAGGUCAUGCCGCCACAAGAGAUGAAGCUUGCAUGUGGUGACGUUGGGGUGGGUGGGAUGGUGGAUUGGAAGCAGGUUGUGAAGGCCAUCGAGCUGAGGUUAGAUCUAAGCCAGGACCAACUGGGGCAGCCGACUUGAACCAUACAGAUUAUUUAGGAAAUAAUUAAGUGCGUUUCGUCGA